GGCUGUCCGCUUGCCGGCGCCAUGAGGCUGUCGCGGCUGAAGCUCCGCUCGGUUUUUGUCGUCUACUUCUUGGUCUCGGUUUUGGGCCUAAUGUACGCGCUGCUGCAGCUUGGUCAGCCAUGUGAUUGCACGCCACAAAUGAAGUCUGCAAAUGAUCUGGUUAGGCAGAAAGAUCAGAAACUGCUGCAUCUCCAGGCCGAGGUGAAGAAAUUGCAGAGGCAGCUGAAAGCAGAGGAGAUGGCAGCAGACGGACAGCCUCUGCCAACCAUUUAUGCCAUCACCCCAACAUACACCAGAUUGGUGCAGAAAGCUGAGCUGGUCCGUCUCGCCCAGACCUUCCUUCAUGUGAAGAAGUUCCACUGGAUUGUCGUGGAAGAUGCUGCCAAUCGUUCCAAGCUGGUGGCUGACCUCCUGGCACAGAGCGGCUUGUCCUACACCCACCUCAGCCUGCCAACACCCACCAUCUACAAACUGAAGGAGAGUGAUCCCAACUGGUUGAAGCCCCGCGGUGUGGAACAAAGGAAUCUGGGCAUCCAGUGGCUGCGGGAAAACAGGGAGCUCAGCGAGGAGGCUGUCGUCUACUUUGCAGAUGAUGACAACACCUACAGUUUGAAGUUGUUUGAUGAGAUGCGCUGGACAAAACAUGUUUCUGUUUGGCCAGUGGGUCUCGUUGGGGGCUUACGUUUCGAGAGGCCGCUGGUGGAGAACGGGAAGGUGGUUGGAUUUUACACGGCCUGGAAACCGAACCGUCCUUUCCCCAUGGACAUGGCAGGGUUUGCUGUGGCCUUACAGCUGCUUCUGGCUAACCGUGAGGCCAGGUUCGACAUCAAUGCAGAGCGUGGUUACCUUGAAAGCAGUCUGCUGCAAUCGCUGGUCUCCAUUGAGGAGCUUGAACCCAAGGCAGAUAACUGUAACACGGUCCUGGUCUGGCAUACACGCACUGAGAAGCCAAAGAUGAAGCAGGAGGACAUGCUUCAGAAAGAGGGGAAAGGAUCAGAUGCCCGCAUCGAGGUCUGAGCUGGACAGACGAGCUGGACAGAUAGGAAGGAGAGCCUUACUUUACUGACCACCCAAGUGCUGGGUGGGGGGAUGGUGUGAUGGCCUGCAUGAUAUGUACAGGGAGCUACUCUGCAUCCUGUUUUAAACAGUGUAACAGGAGAGAGCAUGGGGUUUAGAAGGAGCAAAGAUUCCAGCAAUUGACACCAGGUAUAACACCAAACGCAAAAGAUUUUCAGCACAAACCCAUCUUCAUCAUUUAUCUUUCAAUGUUCUUUGAAAAAUACCCUGUCUGUCUUAAACUCUGUGUUUAAACAGAGCCUCACUGUAAUGACUGGGUGAUUUUUGCAAUACCAGCUUGCUGUGUUUCCCCGUGUGAACUCGUGGGGUGUGUUCAUUACACAAAUCUGCUCGGUAGGUUCUGCUUGGAGCUGUCACUUGGAGUUCAGCAUGACCAGCUUGUGAUAGUAGGAGGUUGGGGUCAAUAACUGCGCCAUCGACAGCAAGUCAGAGGGAACUUUAUUCUGCCUCUAAUCUGGACUGGCUUAGUGAUGACACAAAGUGUGUUCCUUUCCUCAGUGCUGAAGUGUUUUGUGUUCAAAAAUAUCUUUUUAAUAAUUUCUUUCUUUGCCCCAGUUGCAGGGGGAGUAGUCUCUUGUUCAUGGACGAGAAAGCUAGUGGUUUCCAAUGGAGUGUUAGGAGCAAGACACACCUCAGCAAAUGGUAUGGCUAAUUAAGAAUCCAAAAUAUAAGGGGUAGAAACUGCUUAGUUGAAAUUUAAUGGUUAGCAAAAUAUUUUGAAAAGUAUGUCCUGGCUUUAAAUGCUGCUGCUUAGGAAUAUGUCUAUGUUUCUUGAUUUGUGAUCUGGUCAUUUUUUUGUUUUCCCUUUUCUUCUCCUCACCCUUACCUCUCAAACACCCCACCCUACCCUGGGAUGUUGGGAAUUAAUUGAAACUUCGCAGAUCUAAGAUCAGUAGGUUUUACAGAAGCCCUGUUCAGGGCUAUGGAUUUGACCCAAUUGGUGGAGGAAGCUUAAGGGGCUGAAUGGCCUCCUACUGUCCCUGUUUCUCCAGCCUUCAAGACUUUCUCACUGACCAGGAUAAGCUGAGUUGAACACUGCUGUGCCUUCUGGCUCAGCAUCCAGCUGCUGCUGAUCAUAAGAUUCAUGGUUGUCCUGCAAUCACUGUGCCUAGUGCCAAAUAAAGCCCAAGUCCCCACUACUAAAUAGAUGCCCUCCCAACGCUGUGUUUCUGCUCAGUUGAGCAGCUUGCCUCUGACCUGGAUGUGAGGUCAAACGUGAAGUUCUGUUAAAGUCACCCUUGUUUUAUUCCUCCUUGGAAUGGGGUGUCAUUAGCUAGUCCAGUGCUGGUUACCCAUUUAUAAUUACCCAAAAGGCAAUUGAGUGUCAACCACAUUGCUCUCUCUCUAGAGUAGGCCAGACCAGGUCAGGACAGGAGUGACCCAGAUGGACAAUUGACCGUGGUUACGCAAUUGCUAUUAGCAUAGCUUUUCACCCGACAUUUUUAUUGAACUGAAAUUUCACCAUCCACCAAAGUGGUAUUCAAAUCUGUGUCCCAAGAAUGUUAACACUGCUGCCUCCUAUUAACCUUAUUGCUUGAUCAUCCCAAGAUGACAGAUGGGAGGCUGAAUCUAUAUUUUCCUGUACACUGUGCCAAUUUUUAUUGUCAGCUUGUUCCAUCUGAUCCCCACACCCUUGCUGUCACAUAGUGUCAGAGAGUUUGGCCUGUAGCUCAGUGGAACCAUUCCUUUGGCUGCGUCUCUCUCUCUCUCUCCUUAGCUAAAAUGCCGAAGCUCAAAACAAUUCCCAGUCUCAGUCGUGAAGUGCUAUGUCGAGUGGACCCUUCCUGUUCCCAGUUCCACCAACCUCACUAUUUGUUCUGAUUGAAUGUUCAUGCUCCUAUUUCCCAUUCAGAUUCAUUAAGACAGCUUCAAUUCUACUUCUGUGAGCUGCUUUCUCUGUUACAAGAGACAUUCCAAGCCCCCAGAUCAAGAGUUUGGUGGUUCCACGUGGCUGUUGCCAUCUGUGUGGUGGUGGUGAAGUUGUUACACUUUGUUGCUUUAAAUUUUUCAGGCUGUGGGUGAUAAUUGAGAGGCCAUUGCAAUGAAAGGAAGCUGCUAAAUAUAUUUAACGCUAAUCAGUUUACUAAGGUGGCUUGUAAACAGACUCCUGGAUUGUCAUUUCCUGAAAUGGGAUUUGUGGUGAAAGCACUGUGAAUUAUGAGCCACCCCCUCAGCUGUUUUUGUUGAUUGCCUCUUGAACAUUUUAUAUUUGGUUGCAUUUAGUGUUGCACUGCCAAGGGCUUCCAGUGAGCAGUUCAUAAAUCACUAAUAAAGGCUUCCUAUGGGAAUGAGCUACUUGAGUAGUUUCAGAUCCAUGAGACCUUUAACCCCUUGGCUCACACCCUCUAUUGUUUCUUGUUUUGCUAAUUUAUGUCAGAUAAUAUAUUUAAUGUAUGUAUAAGGGCUGGGGGUGUGGCGGAGGUAUGAGACUAAUUGGGUAGUUCUUUCAAAGAGCUGGUGCGAGUGCUCUCGGCUGAUUAACCUCGCCCCUUCUCUCCUCUCCCCUCCCCAUGUUGUAAUAUUCUGUGAUUUUAUGUGUGCGUGUUGUAUUGGGUUAUGAGGUUUUCUGGGCUUUUCAUUGCAUCAUCUGUGACUGUCCUUUUUUCACAUCACUGGUAAGGAAGUGUGGGUUUGCAGCAACUGGAGUACAUUCUGUAAAGGUAAAAACAAGGACGGCAGAUGCUGGAAACCAGAUUCUAGAUUAGAGUGGUCCUGAUGAAGGCCUUUUGCCCAAAACGUCAAUUUUACUGCUCCUCGGAUGCUGCCUGAACUGCUGUGCUUUUCCAGCACCAUUAAUCUAGAAUAUGCAUUCUGUAAAUGUGCAGUAUUCUUUCUGGAAGGGAUGAUAAGUGCAUGCAUGUAAAUUUGUACAGCAGCUUUCAACACGUCCUCAAGUGCUUCACAGCUAAUGACGUAGUUUUGAAGUCUGCUCACUGUUUGAUGGAGGAAAUCUAGCAGCCAGUUUGAUCACAGCUAGCUCCUGCAAACAUGAUGUUGGCAAGAUUAUAUUUAUGACAUUGGUUGAGGCCCAUCUCAUCUGAAAGGCUGCGGUACCCUCACCAACAGUGCAGCAUUUACUCAGUCCUGGAGCUGGGGAGUGUGGGUCUGAAAUGUGAUCAGGUCUCCGCAGUGGGACAGGAACCCACAUCUUCCAGAGGCUGAGAUAUUCUCAGAGCCAUAUCUCUUUCCGCAUCCAAAUGUCCUAAUUACCAUGCACUUUGUACACUAGGCACAGUUUCUUAGGCAUGACAUGUAAUGGUAUGAUUCUCUUGCAGUUUGCACAACAUGGAAGUUUCAUAGAGGUUUCAUUUUUAAGGAUUUCCUCAGUUUCAAUUUUAUCCCUGUUGAGAGCUGGUGAAAAAAUGAUCAUCUGACCCUCUGUAUUCUCCUUUUACCACCGAGAAGUUCAGCAGAACUACCCCGUCUGCCCUGGGUAAGUUCAUAUUGUCUGUUAACUCUCCUCUCGGUCAUUGAUUAGAUUACUUACAGUGUGGAAACAGGCCCUUCGGCCCAACAAGUCCACACCGACCCGCCGAAGCGCAACCCACCCAUACCCCUACAUUUACCCCUUACCUAACACUACGGGCAAUUUAGCAUGGCCAAUUCACCUGACCCGCACAUCUUUGGACUGUGGGAGGAAACCGGAGCACCCGGAGGAAACCCACGCAGACACAGGGAGAACAUGCAAACUCCACACAGGAUUGUAAUCUGAAAUUCACCACACUGCCUGGUGGGGAACUGGAAACAGAUUCAGUAGGAACUUUCAGAAGCUGAUAAAUACUCAAAAGGGAAUAACAUUGUAGGGGGCCCCCUUCCAUACUGUGCAAUUCUGUUUCUGAAUGUGAAUGUUAGAGUCCCUGUGCAAUAUGUGCUAAGUAUGCAUUAAUGUGUUGCAUCCUGAUCCCAGUGUGUGAUUAGUGCCCUUACUACAUUCCUCCUGCUUUCACACAAGCAACCUGAAGGGCAGCUGUUUAUCUUCCCCAGUGCUGCUGCUUCCUCCAGCCAUUGAGAGCAACUUGACUUGCAGUCUUUUGGGGGGAAUAUUCACUCAAUCAGUAGACAGUGUUGAGCUCUUUGUCAUUUGUGCUGUUGUCUUACAGGAGUGGUGCGUGAAGCCGCGAGAUCCAUUAUAGAAACAUGCUGGUAUCUGAACUGAGAAAGAUUCAGUCAGGUUUGCCUUUCAUAAGACAGUUCUGUGAACAGAAUGUGUUAACUGCAUCCCCAGCCAGUAGGUGUCACUAAGUAGGUUAGUAAAUGUUCUAAAUGCUGCUGACUUUUAAUGAGGAGAAAGGACUUCCAUUUAUAUAGCACCUUGCUUGUUCUAAAAACUUCACAAAGCUGCUUGUCCCUAGUCAAUGACUUCUGAAGGGUGGAGGUUCCUGUUCAGUCAGUGAACAUGACACAGCAGGACCCACAAGCAGAAUUGAGAUGGCUAUACAAGUUAUUCUUGGUGUUGUUUGAUAAAUGGAGGCCAGGAUACGAGAGAGAACAUCUUUACUCUUUCUUCCCAAAUUAGCGUCAUAGGAUCUUUUACAUCCGCCCAAGUGGGCAGCUGGGGUCUGGUUUCCAUGCUGAAGCCUCUGGAGUGGAACCUGAAUCUCCAGUAUAGCACAAAUGUCCAGGGGUGUGGUUGAAUGGUGGUAAUGUUAUUGAUUUAAUCAUUCAGAGAACUGGAUUAAGGAGAUCAAUCCCCAGCACAGUGGUUGAGCAGUUAUAAUUAAUUAAUUGGAACUAAAAAGCUAUUAUCAAUAAUGAUGACCAUGAAACAAUCAGAUGAUUGUAAAAACCUAUCUGAUUUGCUAAUUUCCUGGAGGCAGGAAGUCUGCAGUCCUUGCCUGGUGUAGUGAACUUGUGACUCCAAACCCAUAGCAAUAUGAUUCCUUCAGUUAAAGGUUGGUAUUGUCUGUGGAUUGAAGUCCUACCCUGAGAGGCUUCAGCAUAAAAUUCAAGCUUGACAUUCUAGUACAGUACUUGGAAUGCUGCACAUUCAAAGCUGCUGCUUUUUAGAUAAGCUGUUAAACUAAGGCUCCAUGUGUAUCUUCAUAUGAGCCUAACGGAUCCCAUGGCACAAUUCUAAAGAGAAACGGGAGAGUUCUCCUCUGUGCUCUAGCCAGUGUUUAUCCUUCAGUCAGCAUCACCAGAUUAUCUGGUCAUCUUCUAGUUGCAGUGUGUAGAAUCAUCAGUUGGAUCUUUGAGUUGUUAGUAAAGGGUUCAUACUUUUCUGCCCUCUUUUCCCCAACACUGGCUGCUGCAGAUUAGGUCAUGUGACUUGCUUCUCACACUCCCUAAUGAUACAGUUCUGUCACAUGCUUCAAAGAAUGUCUUUGGGAGUUUUGCUGCAUCUCUUCUGAUUCCUGUAUCCACUCUCCCACAAUCCUUUGUACUGGUGCUGACAUAUGAACAUGUUACAGACUGGAUUCACAGGCAUGAGAAUCACAAUACAGUGGUUUUGUUGAUGAGUGAUUGUCAUUUCAAGAGAAAGCACGGUUAUCUUGUCACCUGUGCAUGUGUUUUCAUGACGGCAUGUGUGAAAAUAAACUUUUAAAUUGAAAUGAAAA